GAUGGUGCCCUGCGCCGCCCCUGCGCUCCUGGCUGCUGCUUCGGCCGCGCGCACCUUGCGCGCCCCGCUUCGCCCGGGCCCGCGGCUGUUGCUGUUUUCUCGCGGCUGCUGCGGCAGCGGCGCCGCACGCGCCCUCUGCGCGCCCCGUGGCGGCGACGCCGGCGGUGGCCCCAGAGAGCCCUCCGCGUCCUGGGCCUGGUACGAAGCUUUGUCGACCUCGGCGCCGGUCGCGUGGAUGGAGUCGAGCCUGGUGGCGCUGCAGGCCGCGUCCGGGCUGCCCUGGUGGGCCGCUGUGUUUGCCGCCAGCGCCCUCCUGCGCACCGGCGUCACACUCCCGCUCGCCGCCCUGCAGAGCCGCGUCCUCGCCAAGCUGGAAAACUUGCAGCCUGAAAUCCACAGCCUAGCCAAGCACCUUCGCUAUGAAGUUUCCGUUUGUGCAAAACAACGGAGUUGGUCUGAAAAGGAAGCCAGGUUCCAUUUCAAGAAGAAUCUGAAAAGGAUUGUUUCCGAGUUGUACGUGCGAGAUAACUGCCACCCUUUUAAGGCCAGCUUGCUCAUAUGGAUUCAGAUCCCAAUGUGGGUCUUCGUUUCCAUGGCUUUGCGCAACUUCAGCAUGGGUAGAGCAGCUGCUGAUGGGUUCUUAAUUCAAGAGCAACUUUCCACAGGAGGUGUCCUCUGGUUUCUGGACCUCACUGUACCUGACUCAACUUGGAUUCUGCCAAUCGCUCUUGGGCUCCUCAAUCUGCUGAUAGUGGAGAUUUUUGCUUUGCGAAAAACUGAACUGUCCCGGCUUCAGAGGUAUACCACUAACUUCUUUCGAGGUGUCUCGGUGCUUAUGAUCCCAGUAGCUGCAACCGUGCCAUCAGCAAUGGCUUUGUACUGGGUGUCCUCAAGCUUCAUGGGCCUUUCGCACAACCUCCUGCUUCGUUCCCCUGCUUUCCGUAGACUUUGCCACAUACCCCGGACCAAGUCUGAUUCAGACACUCCUUACAAAGAUAUUGCUUCUGGAAUCUAUGCAAAGUAUUUCCUAAAGUGAAAUACUCUUUCAGAAGACCUGUGCUAUGUUUAGAUUUGGAAUUGAGCUGUGCUCUGCUACAAAAGAUUUAUUUAAUUUGGCUCCAUUGCACUGAUGAGAAUUGUGACACUGUAUUUAUUUUCCUAAUAAAAGAGUACUUGUCGUUA